AUGUGGCCAUUCUCAUCGGAACCAGAAGUAAACGUGGAGAACAACAUCUCCACACACAACGCGAUCGGGUACUCGAUCGACGCGUUGUUCGUGGUCAUCAUCAUCAUCAUAAUCAUCGUUUGGCGAUGGCGACGAAAUGUGCGCCGUCUGCAGAAAAUGGAAGAAUUGGCGGCACGGCUCGCUCGGGAACGAGCCUCGAUUUACUUAACAUUUUUUGGUGCCGAAACCCGGGAACAAUUCCCGUUGCAGCAGUUAGCCUUCACCACGUGGAGUCGCAAGAAUUCUCACGGUCCAUUCCAAUCAUCGCAGGCCCCAGCAGAGCCGAAGAAUCGUUUGGUCAGCCGCUCGAAAAACUUCAUCGCAGUUUGCCGCCCAGCAGCAGCGAAGGAUUCCGGAUUUUCGCCCUCCAGUAGGAUUACCGGUAGUUCCAGUCGUUCCCUGCCAGCAGUGCAGAAAAUGCAUUACCUACGUGGUGCCCUAACUGGCGAAGCAUCGCGCAUUAUAUCGUCCUUGGAAAUUUCGUCUGUGAAUUAUACUAUUGCAUGGAAGCUGUUGAAGGAACGAUUCGAAAAUGCUAACUUUUUGAUUAAAAAUCAUAUGGCAGGCCUUCUUUCUGCAACACCACUUAAGAAGGAAUCAUCAUCUGGGCUUUCGGAACUGGCUGAUGAGUUUGAUCGUCAUGUUCAGUUAUUAGAUAAACUUGAAAAUCCUGAAAAUCACUGGAACUCUUUUUUGGUUGAACGUCUGAGCCAAUGUCUUGAUCCAGCUUCUUUGCGUGAAUGGGAAACUACUAAUUCGACUACGGUUCGACCCACUUAUAAACAGCUUCUGGAGUUUAUUCAUAAAAGAUCACGUCUUAUUCAAACUCUAAUGCUCUCCCAAAAUACUCCUUCCCACUCCGAACCACCAAAACCAAGUAAGUCGCGCCUCACCACAGCCCACGUUGCCUCUGAUAACAUCUCAAGGUGUGUUUGCUGCAAAAGGGCACACUUUUUAUUCCAAUGUUCCCAAUUUACAAAUGACUUCACACCUCGUCAACGCUUUGAGAUGGUGAAGAAAAAUGGGCUAUGCAUCAAUUGCAUGAAGGGAACUCACCUCGCGAAGGAUUGCUCCAGUGGGUCUUGUAAAACCUGCUCUAAAAAACACCACACUCUGCUGCACCUACCUCCAUUCACACCACACGGGCAGCAGACCUCGCAAAGGGCAGCAAUCCCUUCGCAAAGCUGCUUAUCGCAGCUCGAGUCGUCGGCCGGUAGCUCAGCGCUUGAGCAGUCACACGCUUCACCACCCGCGAACUCGUCGCCCGCUUCUGAUUCGAUUCCUCCCACUUCGUCGCGUUUAACGUUAAAUUCAGAUUCACUACCUCCCACUACCGCCUGUCAAAGUGCUGAAGUUAAAUCGAAUUCUGGAAGUUUCGUCAUGCUGUCAACUGCAGUGAUCAAAGUUCUUGAUGCUGAUAACAAAUACCAAUUCGCCAGAGCACUACUGGACAGUGGCUCUCAACCAAGCUUUAUUUCCGAGUCCCUCUGCCAGCGACUUCGGUUGAAACGAAAUAAGCUUAACUCACCUGUAAGCGGUAUUGGUCAAUCAUCCGUGAAUGUCCACUUUGGCGUGACUUUGUCCAUUGCUUCUCGCUUCGGGGGCUUCGAAACUAGCUUGCAGUGCCUUGUGCUUCCUAAAUUAACGGUUGACUUGCCCAGUCAUCACAUUGAUGUUACUCGUUGGCGCAUACCUCGUCAUCUGCCGCUUGCCGACCCUCAAUUCAACAUUCGCCAAGGUAUCGACCUCAUCUUGGGGGCGGAGUUGUUCUUCGACCUGUUACAACAACAGCGCUUCUCGUUGCCAUCUGGGUACCCGUCGCUACAGAAGACCGUUCUGGGUUUCAUCGUCUGCGGUAAGGUAUCAGCUCCAGCCCCCCAACGAGAUAACACUCUAACCAGCCAUGUUUGUUCCGACGAAGCUCUUAACGUUCAACUUGAAAGGUUUUGGGAAAUAGAAAAUUUCGACGAUGGCAAGGCAUUGACGACUGAAGAGCUGAGCUGCGAAGAGCACUUCAAGCAAACUUUGCAGAGAGAUGAUUCCGGAAGAUAUGUCGUUCGUUUACCCAUGCGCACAGAGAUGGUUUCGUUGUUAGGAGAUUCGUACGCCGUCGCACUCCGUCGUUUCAAGUCAAUGGAACGAAAGUUUGCCGCAGAUGAAAACCUUCGCCAAGCCUACGUCAAUUUCAUGGCUGAUUACGAGAAGCUUGGACAUAUGGAGGUGAAUCUUCGCGCGUCGUGUAGCCCACAGUUCUUUCUACCCCACCACGCCAUCCAUCGCCCUGAAAGCACCACUACGAAAAUCAGAGUCGUGUUCGACGGUUCUUGUCGUGGUUCCACUCAUUUGUGCCUUAAUGAUGUUCUCUACACUGGUCAUUCCGUGCAACCAGCUUUGUACGCCACCGUUAUUAACUUUCGAAUGCCUCUCUACGUCGUUACUGCCGAUAUUGAAAAGAUGUUUCGCCAAAUUUGGGUCCACCCAGAAGAUCGAAAGUUCCAGCAAAUUCUUUGGAGAGCCAGGCCGUCAGAACCAAUCAGCACGUACACACUCAACACCGUUACAUACGGUCUCGCCAGUUCGCCAUUCCACGCUACUCGAAUUCUCGAACAGCUAGCUGCCGAUGAAGGAAAAUACUACCCAUUGGCUGCCCAGAUCUUACGAAACGGAACCUACAUGGACGAUAUUCUCACAGGUCACAACGAUCCGAAAACUCUCGAAGAUAGCUGUCACGAACUCAUCGAAAUGCUCUCAAAGCGACAGCUUACGAUUCAAGGUGCCUGUCCUUCCGGAAUCAAGCGGUAUCACCAAGCGCAUCGUAGUGUCGGAAAUGGCGCAGUUAUUCGACCCCCUGGGCUUGAUAAGUCCUGUAGUAAUGCUAAAAUGUUCGUGCAAAAGCUCUGGGCGGAGCAUCUACCUUGGGACACAGAACUCGCAGAAGAUCUCAGUAGUUGGUGGAAGCAAUACCGUAGCACUCUCCAGCGGCUCCUGGAUAUCGAAAUUCCACGCAGAGUGAUAGGAAAUACUCACCAUCAAUACACCCUCCACUGCUUCUGUGAUGCUUCAAAGGGCGGUUACGGAUGUAGCAUCUACGUCGUUUCGCCGGACUUGUCUGGAACGCUUCAGUCUCGCCUACUUACGUCGAAAUCUCGCGUCGCCUCCCUGAAGGGUCAUUCCAUCCCUCGCUAUGAGCUCUGCGCUGCACUGUUGGGAAGUCAGUUAGUAGACAACCUUCGUAAAACCACCGUUUACACGCAGCCGGCAAUAUUCUGGUCGGAUUCGACAAUUGUGCUUUAUUGGAUUAAGUCACCGUCACAUAAAUGGAAGGUAUUUGUGUCAAAUCGCAUAGCCGAAAUUCAGCGCCUCACGAAAGAUUGUCAAUGGAGGCAUAUACCAACGGAGUUGAAUCCUGCCGACAAGGUUUCCCGAGGCGUUCUUGCGAGCGAGAUUGUCGGAGACGAAUUAUGGUGGCAUGGUCCGGGGUUUCUAACCUCCCCUGUAGAGCAAUGGCCCGAUUCGAAGGUUUGUGUGGAGAAUUUUCCCGAGCAAGAUUGCGAAGCACAAGUUGUGGUAUCUCUUCACAGUCAAUAUCUUGAGACAUCACUCAUAGAUCGAACGUCAGAACUUGCAAAGCUUUUAAAGAUUGUGGCAUUCUUCUAUCGUUUUCACAAUAAUUGUCGUCUAGAAGAAUCUAAGCGGUACAAAACUAGUCUCACACCUUCAGAAAUCGAUCACGCAUUGAAAGUUCUCAUUCGUAUGGUACAAAGAAGUACCUUCCACCUGGAAAUGCAGAUUUACGAUCUCCAACGUACAUCUUCCUCAACUAAGACGGUCAGUUCGAAGUCCCCGCUAAAGAAUCUGAACUUGUUCAUGGACGAAUUUGGCUUGCUCAGAUUGAACAGCCGUCUUACAAAUCGAAAUGCUCCCUUCGACACCAGAUGUCCAAUACUACUGCCAGCCAAACAUCGACUUUCCUGGUUGAUUGCAAGAUCGAUUCACCUUCAAACAUUCCACGGUGGACCUGGUCUGGUUCUUGCUACGCUGCGUCAGCGCUUUUGGCCGCUCCAGGGUCGAGUUCUAGUCCGAAGCAUCGUUCGUCAGUGCAUAACGUGCUUCCGCUGCAAUCCAACGCGUAGUACCCAGAUGAUGGCACCUCUACCCGCAGUUCGCGUUACACCUGCUAAAGUCUUCGCAUACACUGGACUAGACUACUGUGGGCCGUUCAACGUGCGUCCGUUAAGUGGGAGAGGCUCGUCGGUCAAAAUGUACGUCGCGCUCUUCGUUUGUUUUGUGGUGAAGGCUGUGCACCUCGAAGUUGUGGCGGAUUUGACGUCGGUCGCGUGCAUCAACGCCAUCAAACGCUUUGUGGCAACCCGCGGCCGAGUGUUCGAAAUACACUGCGAUAAUGCGACCGCUUUCGUCGGGGCGGAUCGUGAGUUGCGCGCGCUUCGUCGACAGUUCCUGCAGCAGUUUAAAACUCCGGAUUGGGACAAAUACAGCUUGGAUAGUGGAAUCACCUUUCGUUUCAUCCCUGCCCGGUCACCACACUUCGGCGGACUCUGGGAGGCAGGAAUAAAAUCGUUCAAGUAUCAUUUCCGCCGUAUCGUCGGACAAAAAUCCUACAAUGUCGAUCACUUUCUAACUAUAGUCACCCAAACCCAAGCUAUUUUGAAUUCCCGACCAAUAGCCUCCCAUCCUGAUCAUCCUCAAGACCUAGAGCCCUUAACACCCGGUCAUUUUUUGAUUGGGGAACCACUAAUUUCGAUCGCCGAACCAGAUAUAACUGAUUUGAACCCAAAUCGUCUCAAUCGCCUGCAGGACAUGAAACGAACUGUUCAAGAUUUCAGGCGCAGGUGGGCCAGAGACUACACGAGUCAGCUACACCAACGCAGCAAGUGGAAGCAGCCAAGUUCUAAUGUCCAAGUUGGUCAAUUAGUGCUUCUUCAACAAGACAACCUUCCCGUUCUGCAGUGGCCUCUCGGGCGUGUCGAAAAAAUAUUUCCUGGUAACGAUGGUCGAGUACGAGCGGUGCUGGUCCGCACAGCUCAAGGGCAGUACAAACGUGGGGUCACCGAAAUCUCCAUUCUUCCAAUCGACCCAGACGAAGACGAAGGAAAGGUGACAACUGACGAAGGUUUAUCGGAAGAAACACAGUUGAACGUGGCAGUUCAACGCCGGCCGGAAUGUUAA